AUGCCUCUUCCUUCGCUCGAGAAAGCCCCGAAGGCAACAAGCAACAACUCGGCGGCGAAGCGCAAGGCUACUACGGUGGCUGAUGCUGACGGGGACGUACCACUGGCCGCCGCCGGCGCAGAUGCAACAGGAGGAGAUGACUCUGACUCAGGCGACUCGGAUGCAUCCGAGGACCCCACCUUCAUCAAUGUCGAUUUCGACUUCCGUGCUCCUGCCGAGGUAGAUGAGGCUGCGCUGAGACGGCUACUGAGACAGCUCUUUCACACACACGCCAAUGAUCUUGAGCUGUACAAAGUCAGCGAGGAGAUGAUUAGGCUGGCUGCUGGAAAUCAGGUGACUGGGGAGGGUGGCAUGGGGACAGUGAUCAAGGUCGAGGGAGAUGAAGACCAAGCGCCUUUUGCCUUUGUCACUGGUAUCGAACUGAAUGUGAGACAACCAAGCAACGCAGCUUCCUCUCUCUUGACAACGUAUCUGGCUUCUCAACUACCGGCCACUUCUCCCAUUUCUUCUGUCCUCUCAUCGUCAUCCACCUCGUCUCCCGCCUCCAAGCCCUGGCUGUUCCUGCACGAGCGCUUCAUCAACCUACCAGCACAAGUGGCUCCACCCCUCUACCGUCUGCUGACCGAGGAGAUCAUCGCCUCGAUGAGCAGCAGCGGUGCUGGAGAGCCCAGCCAUGCCGUCUUCUUCGGCCGCGUCUUCAGCAAAGAGGCCUACUCUGAUGACGAAGACGAGCCCAUGAAUGGACCAGGUGGGGCUGCAGAGGAUGACGAGGAUAAGCCAAGGGGUAUGAAGGGAGCUAAGAGGAGAAAGGGGAUCACCAAGAAGGCGAAGCUGCCGGUGAACAAGGGAGAGAGGAGAGACUGGGGCUACUUCCGGCCAGAAGAUGAGCUGCUUGAAAAGCACGCCUCGCACACCCACACGUAUCGUUUUCCCCCGCCGCAAAAUGCUGAAGACUCGUACGAGUCGCCCUUGUAUGGGCGCAUCGUGCUAGUGGAAUGGGAAAAGGUCAAGAGCGGGGCUCUGUGGGAUCAGCUCGAGCGGGAGCUGACGGUGCAGGCCAUGGUUGCCGAGCAGCAGUAG